CAUCGGAUAACACUGUCUGAAAUCACGUCUAAAUAUCGUCUGUCACAUUAAUCAUAAAAAGAAAUUCAUUUUGGAUUCGUAAAAAUGGUUUAAAAAAUUGUGUUUGUAAUUCGCUUCAAGUGGAACGGGACUUUGAAUAUUUUCAAGUUCAAACUGUUCGACGUAUCAAUGGAAGUUCGGCAGUCCUGAAUGUAUCAUAUUAUUUCCAAUAAUUUAUCAACAAAUCAUCGGAAAAUUCAAGACUCGGCAGCAGUAGAGAUAUCGGUAAUGGCGUCUUCGGAUAUCCAAAUUGUAAAUAUAUCGAAUUUAGAAAAAAUUGAGUCAUUUCUUAAUGAUACUGCCUACAAAGAACUAUUAGAAAAUAGUGAAAAUUACAAUUCACGAUUACGUAUAGAGCGGCGACUCCGAAUGCCAUUCGCAGCCGGCGGAGUUGCCCAAAAUCACUGUUCACUAUUUAUGGACCGGAGACAACGAAUGCCGGGUUUUAGAGAAGGUCAGAUUUAUUCCUAUCCGGCAGCACGUUGGCGAAAGAGCCGAAGACAAUAUCUAACAAAAAUAUUUCGACCAUUCGGUGGUCUAACAUCAGCAACACCGCUGUUAAAUAAGCGAUUCGAUGGUCCCACCGAAACAGAACCCGAUUUCAACGGAGCAUCAUUUCUGGAGGAAUCAUCGUCGUUGGGCGGAGCCGACACAUCGGACAGUAAAGACAGUCAAAAUUUAAAGGAAGAUUUACCGAAAGAAUGGUUCUACGAUGACAUGGACAUCAACGAAAUUGAUGCGCUCGACGAACCUAAAUCACCGGCGGACGACGAAUACGACUAUGAUCCUAGAUACGGCAAUAAGAAAAGGAAAAAACGUAAACCCGGCCGGAAAGCGACUACACCGCAUCAUCAUCAUGUUGGUGAUGGCCCACGAAAAGGUCGUCCGCCCGGAGGCGGUCGCGGUCGUGGUCGUCGUAAAAAUCUAAAUAGUUCAAGAUCACUAUUGGAGCCACCCAGUCCAACACCGAUUUCUGAGCCACCAUCUUUCGAGACAGCGGCUGCAGCUGUAGAAGAUAGCAGCAGUAGCGAUCUUCGGAGUUAUCGAAAGUACCUGUAAAAAUUACACACACAUUUUCACGAGAGAAAAAGAAAACACCACACAAAAACGCGAAUCAUU